AUGGCCCCUGCCACCGUCCCCUGCCAGUACCGCACGGGCAAGACCCUCGGAAGCGGGACGUACGCCAUCGUCAAGGAGGCCGUCCACAUAAAGACCGGCAAGUACUAUGCCUGCAAGGUCAUCAACAAGAAGCUCAUGGAGGGCCGCGAGUACAUGGUCCGCAAUGAGAUUGCUGUCCUCAAGAAGGUCUCCAAGGGAUACCGCAACAUAGUCACCCUCCACGACUACUUCGAGACCGCGCACAACCUCUAUCUCUGCUUCGACCUCUGCACCGGCGGCGAGCUCUUCGACCGUAUAUGCGCGAAGGGCAACUACUACGAAGAAGAUGCCGCCGCGCUCGUUCGCACCAUCAUGGGUGCUGUCAAGUACAUCCACGAUUGCGGCAUUGUCCACCGGGAUCUCAAGCCCGAAAACCUUCUUUUCCGCACCAAGGACGAGGACGCGGAUAUCAUGAUCGCCGACUUUGGUCUCAGUCGGGUCAUGGACGACGAGAAGUUCCAUCUGCUCACGGAGAUUUGUGGUACCCCCGGAUACAUGGCGCCGGAGAUCUUCAAGAAGACCGGUCACGGAAAGCCUGUGGAUGUCUGGGCGAUGGGUGUCAUCACGUACUUCCUCCUCUGCGGCUACACACCCUUCGACCGCGACUCGCAGCAGCAGGAGAUGGAGGCUAUCAUUGCUGGUGACUACCACUUCGAGCCUCAGGAGUACUGGGCGAACGUCUCUGAGACUGCCAAGGACUUCGUGAAGGAGUGCCUGACGAUCGACCCCAGGUCCCGUCCGACGGCCGCCGAAGCACUGAAGCACAAGUGGCUCGCCUCUGAUUCGCCGUACUUCGUGCCCGACCCCGACAGCCCGAGCGGCCGUCCCACGAACUUGCUGCCGCACAUCCAGAAGGCGUUCGACGCGCGCAAGACGUUCCGCAAGGCGGUGUUCUCGAUGAUCGCGACGAAGCGGAUGUCUCUGCUCGCGAGCGGCGCGCCCCAAAUGCACUCGUUCGGGCAGAACAUCCAGAAGUUCAAGGAGGAGUCCGAGAAGGAGCAGAUGAACGGGGACCUGCACGUCAUGCACUACGACAGCCAGGAGUCCGAAGACGACCUCAAGAAGCAGGACGACGUGUCGAAGGAGCAGGCUGAGGGCGAGAUCCCACUCGUCGAACAGAUGGCCAAGCUGUCCGUAUGA